AGGUGCGAGUAUUGGCUGUGGAGUUCAGACGGCUGUCAGGACCCAGACAGUCCACCAGAAAAACAGCAGAUCAGAGCUCUAUGAGGGGCCCUGACUGCUAACCAUGGAGCCAAAGCUCUGAGGGGCUGCCCUCAGAUGAAAUAUAGAAGCCAAAGAAAAACGGAUAAAUAAACGAGAAACGAAAAUCUAAAAAAAAAAGACACUAAACAAUGGUUGCAGAAGAAGUGAUCAUCACCCUGUCCGGUGGGGCACCAUGGGGGUUUCGUCUGCAGGGAGGAGUAGAGCAUCAGAAACCGCUCCAAGUGGCUAAGGUGCGUAAACGUAGCAAGGCAUGCCGGGCUGGGCUGCAGGAGGCAGAUGAGCUGGUGUCUAUCAAUGAACAGCCAUGUGGAUCCCUUUCCCAUGCCCAGGCCAUGAACCUCAUCGACAGCUCCCCUGGGAUAUUAAACAUUCGAGUCAAAAGGGCACCUGCUGCUUUUCAGUCUGUUGUUCUUGUCGCCCGUGCCCCAUCUCCACGGAUAGAUAAAGAGUAUCGUGCUGUUCUAAAAGCCAUGUCACCAACCCAACCCCAUCACGCGCCUGUCCGUGAGGUCCACCGUAGUCGCUCUUCAUUGACCAGUGGAUUGACUUCCCCACCUGGCAGUGAAGCUUAUUAUGGCGAGACUGACAGUGAUGCAGAUGUGGCUGGUUAUGAGAGGCAACGACGCCAGAAACGCAGAAGCCCCAGCAAUUCCAACUCUGGAAAACCAUCAGGAAGAACAUCUCCCGAAGGUGGGGAGACAUCAGAAAUGAGUGGCUAUGACAGUGCUCCAGAUGCACAGGUGUUUCCACGUUCAUUGGAAGGACGUGGAGGAAAUGGAGAUGAAGGAGGGAGUCUUCCAGGAGUUACAAGAAAAGAGGUGGUUUACAAACCACCAGGUCCAGGAAUGUGGUCCUCCCAGACAUCUACUGAAACUUCCUCCAUAAUUUCCUCAGCAGAUGACCAGGGGCCACGGGAUGGAGGACAAGAGGAAGAUAGUGGUUUUCUAGAACCACCCAAUGUGCCACUGGUGUCCCCUGAAAGGGCAAAGGAGGCUCUGAUGUUGGGGUCUCGCAGCCAACUUGUGCCCAUGGUGGGUCCUGUUAAUAACCCUAUUGAUGAGGAACUCACGACAACCUACAUGGAAAAGGCCAAGCAAGCUAAACUAAAUCGAGGGGACACAUUUCAGGACAAGCAAGUAAAGGAAGCCAAAAGCAAAUGUCGAACGAUUGCAUCUUUGCUGACAGAUGCUCCAAACCCUCACUCCAAGGGAGUGCUGAUGUUCAAGAAAAGAAGGCAGCGCUCAAAGAAAUACACCCUCACAAGCUUUGGGAGUGUGGAUGAGGACAGAUUUCAGGACUCACAAGAGGAUGAUGGGGUAUUUCCUGGCAGUGAAUCUGAGUUUGAUGAGGAGGGCUUCUCUGGAGCUCCAGACCCAACUUGGGAUAGUGACUACAUGGAUAAGCUGGAAAAGAGGGCAACGGCAGGUACAGAAGGUCGUGAGGUCGGAGCAGAAAAUGCUUUGAAUCAUGGUUUAAGUGACACUGUAGGAAAGGGUGCCCAGUUGUUUGAGCAGCAGAGAAAAAGGGUGGAUGAACUUGCAAAGAAAGGGGAGGCAGCACAUCCUCAUGAACUUCCAGAAUCCCAAGAGCAGGAGCAUUGUCAGAUGUAUCCAUUGCAUCUUGAAAUGCCUGCACAGGUGCAACCAACCCAAAGAGCUCAACAGUCACCAAUCAACCCUACACCCACACAGGCAAUUCAGUCUCAAACUCAAGCUCAAACGGUUGACUCACCCCAUGCAGUACCCCAUGGGGACCUACCCCACUCUACAGUGAGUGCAGUUAGCAUGGUGAUGAUACCCCCUCCUGUGGCACUCAAGGCAACCACAGCCUCAGUUACGGUCCUGAGAUCUGCACCCCCUUCUGAAACACCAGUAUCCGAACUGCCUGCAAGCAACGUUCUAAAUAGAACAGCACGUCCUUUUACCCCUGGCUUAAUUAGCAUUCGAGCUGCAACUGCUCCUGUAACAUUUCGACCAGCUGUUGCAAAAAAGGCACAGCGGCCUGCCUCAGCAGCUGUUAUGGCCCCACCAUUCUCAGCAGCCUCUGAACUAGUCCAUAAUGCAACACCUGUAACUUCACAGCUACCCCCUGGUCUGCCUCCUGUGGUGCCCCCACCAUACUCUUUUCCUAAAGCUUCCCUGCCUCUGACACCAGAAGCUCCUGUUACUGUUCACACUCCUGCUCUUUCUGCCCCAAUCGAAACAAUGCAGUCAUUGCCAAUAUUGACUGGUGUUCAUGAGGCUCCAUUUUCAACUAUGACCCCAAUGUCUGUGCCUUCAGCACCUAGACCCCAACAAACAGUAUCGGCACCUGUUCCUCCUUUAUACCAAAUGCCUGGCUCAGCUGAUCCAGUUGCCUCAGUGCCUAAACUUCAAGUACCAGUGGCUGCGCCACCCGGACACCAAAUUUCCAUGCCAUCUAUAACUCCAGUGUCAGUAGUCACACAGCCUGAAGCUGUUGCCCCAACCCCUAUUCCUGGUUCAAAAGGUCGCACAGGAAUCUUACUGGAAGCACGACGGCGUAGUGGCAAACCUAAACCUAUGUUCAAUGUCCCCGAUGUGAAAAAGAAAUCCCCAAAUCCUGAAUUGUUGUCAUUAGUGCAGAACCUAGAUGAAAGGUCCACCAGACACAAAUAUGGUCAAGCAACCACUGAGGAUGUCUAUGAAGGUGCAGAGGAGGAUAGGAGUGGUGAAGCUGGCACAGGAAGGGUGCCACCCCCAGUUGCACCUAAACCCCGGGUCAUUCAUGAGACCCCACAGAUUCUUCAAGCAGGGGGCAAGGGGGCUCAAUUGUUUGCCAAAAGACAGAGCCGCAUGGGAAUGUAUGUAGUUGACACACAACCCGAGAUCCCUUAUCAGCAAGAUGUGGCCAUGCACAAUGCAGCUCAACAGUUUGACUCCUCUGUCAAUUCUUCCUAUCCCUCUCAGUGGAAAUACUCCCCAAAUGUCCGUGCACCACCACCUAUUGGAUACAACCCACUGUUAGCCCCCUCUCUUCCCACAGGGCCUCAGAAGGACACCGCCAUCCCAGACAAUAAGACUAGUGGAGGCUCCCAAAAGGAAGGCAUCAAGGCUGUAGAUUUCAUGAAAAGACAGCCUUAUCAACUCAACUCUGCCAUGUUUCAGUAUGGAGGCAGUGUCACAAAUCUAUCAGCCAUGCCCUCAUACCAGGCCCAGCAGAAUAACUACACAACAAUGAUGGUGGGCAGCUCACUGACCUCACCUCGACAAAUACCCCUCAAAACAGCUCGUGUGUAUGAAAUCAAGCGUUUCUCUACACCCACACCAAUGUCAGCUCCAUCGCUUGCGCCUAAAGUUAUUGCACCUCGCUCAGCUACUACUCUUGGAGAACGUUUGACUCGUUCAGGCAUGAUCUCACCACUUCCUGCUCCCUUUACACCAGCUUCAGCCCAACCUGAGUCAGUCAUUACAUCGAAACCAGUUUUAUCUUCCUCUCAACUGGUGCAGCUACCCAACCUGCCAAAAUUCUCAGGCACCUCUAUUCCAAACCCUGCACCCCCUUCAGCACCCACAUCUUACACUCCAGCAUCAUACACCAGAGGGCUGCAGACAGCCAAGCAGUUUCAGAGUGCACCGGAACUUAGCAUUCUUGCUUCUUUGCCCCCUCUGAAGGCCAACCCUGUUCAGGCCCCCAAACCUCAUUUUGUUGCCACUAGGGGUGGUGCCCAGCCCCAAGUCUGGAGACCAGGAGCAUUUUGAAAAGCAACACACCUAUGGGUUUAGUUGAAAAUUAACAUGAAAUCUAGUAGCAAAUAUUAUAAUUGUUUCCAUGUUUAAGGGAAACAAACUUAUCACUAUGAAAAAUUAAAAGAAAAGUUUUAGGGGGCAGGAUAAACAAAGACAUGACAUUUGAGCAUACUAAUUUGGGAAUUAUUUUGAUAUAUUGCUACAGAAACAAAUACCUAGCUAUUGAAAAAAUUAAUUUCCUAUCAGAUUAUAAAAAAUGUUAUGUGAUGUGUUACCAUAUGAAACUUCAAUUGUUUUAUUGUGGAGUUAAUAAAAACACAUAACAUUAAUAAACACCUUCUUGUGUUCAAAAUUCUGACAUUUGACAUUUACCUUUGCUGCUAACACAUUUAGCUCAAUGCCAGUGGGGUAUAGGCAUGGUUAGGGUUAGGCCUUUGGAGGCUUAAACUUCUCAUUUAGAGGAAAACAGUCUGAACCUCACUAUAACCUGAGAAAAAUGCUAUCUCUUUUGCACAGGUCACACUAAGUAAGCACAAUUGAGGCAAUACUUGUCACUAGACUUAUUUAGAUGCCAUUCAUGCACAUUACACUCUAGUUUGUCAGCGUGAUUGCUUGCAGAUAGGUGUACAUUAUUACAUUUUAUUAAACAAAUACUACAUAUAAAAGGAGGUGUAUUUUAUUUUUAUUCUAUCUUAAAGGAAUUAAUGGAAAGUUGAAACAUUUAGGUUUUGUAAAGGGGCCUUAAGGAAUGAGAACGGCUGUGACGAGAGGAUAAUAUAUGUAAUGAAGCCUCAGGUAGAUCAUUGCCCAUUUCACUGAUAUGGACAUGGUCAAGUCUUAUCAAAUUAAGGCAUCUGAUUUAUUACAUUACAGCCUAUGGAUGUAAACAGAGUGGCCAAGGAAGUAUGACCAGGAAAAUUUGUGGUAAUGCUCAAGAUGCUGAUGGGAAAAAGUUUUAUUGGCAUCUUCUUCCGCAAUAGUUGCAACAAAAAGCUGAAAUGUAAUGGUAAUGUACCUUGAAACUGGUGUUUUGAUGGAAACAAGUAAGGGAUAACUAAAAUGAUGGUGUUGUUUAAUUCUUUUUUUUUUUUUUACCUUUAUGUUAAAAUAUAAUUCUUAAUAAAAGCUAGCAUUCAUUAUAAAAUAAAGAAACUCCUAAAAAGUGCAUGUAGUUAUGUUGAGGUGUAAAAUAUGUCAUCCAAGCAUCUGGAGAGUUAGAUUAAAUGCUAAGUUUGAAACUGUUUGUUAUUAUUGCUGAGUGGAAGUUUAUACUAAGAGGGAAAAACAAAUAUUUUGGAGAAAUAAAACUAGAUUUGAAAGCA